AUGCCAUAUAACCUUGCAUGGAUGAAUGGAACCCGAAAAGGUCUUUUGGGAUUGGCAGCUGACACUAUUGAUCUUACCAAAAGGAAGUUCGGUCCAAAAAACGGGCCUGGUGGUGCUGUCGAAUUCUAUUCCAACGCUUUCAACCCGAGAAUCAUCCUUGGUUCAACGGAACUUAGAAAGGGUGUUUCGGAUAUUAGAGUCUUUGAUCCUGCUGGCCAAAGUGCGAGGGUUCGCAUAUACGCUGACGCGAACGGAUAUAAUACUGGUAUUCCGGACGAAGGAAAUGCCACGAAGAUAAUCGACAUACCGAUUUGCAAUGGCAUGGGGUUCGUGAGUGCAGAGUAUCAUGAAUUGACUCCAGUUAUAUCUUCUAUCGUGGCCGUUGAAGAUAUUAGGCAGCUGCCGUCGGGCAACGAAUUGAUUACGAAGUAUAUUAUACGCUUCGCAGAUGAUGCCGACUCCUGGCUCGUGUACGCCCACCACCGCUCUAUCGAAGAGGCCAAAUCUACCCCUUUCCGUCUCCAAUCUGUAGGAACCACUCGUCUAGAAGCACGAUAUCUUUUCACCGGUUUGUUGCAAGUGGCCCAUCUGUCACUGGAUAAUCGGGGACACGCAGGGAGGGAGGCCCUCCUCGACUACACUACCGGAAGCUAUUGUGCCGGAGUAGAAAUCAAUGCACAAAUUACUGGGCCCUAUGCCGAUAGCGGAGAAUAUCAGAUGCGAUUCAAGCGUGCUGGCCAGCGAAAAUCACCUCUUUUGAUGUAUGCUUUGCCACAUCACGUCAAGACAUUUCACAACUCCACAGUGGCAAAUAUUCACAGAGUUUUUAAACUUCCGAGCCCAGCCAAUGGCAUGAUGUAUGGAGUCAUUGCUGAUACAUGGCGGUUGAAAGUUGAGUCAUUGCCUGUGGAGAUUGGCUGGCUUCCACUCGGACAAGAAGGGUGUGCAUCUUUCCCCCCCGAUGUUCUCCAACAGAUCCAUACAGUUGCUCGAAUUGAAGUGGGACAGAAUCUCACUUUGCAAACACAUGCCAACCCGAGCAUGUACUUUUCAGGAAAGGCAUAUGCGAAAUACGCGUUUCUUUGUUACUCAACUCUGCAUGUUUUAAAGGACCCUGGCCUCACACGACUUUGCCUUUCUAGGCUCAAGAAUGACUUUGCAUUGUUCGCUGAAAAUAGGCAGAAAAAUAAAAUGGUCUAUGAUACCACGUGGGGAGGGAUUGUUUCCAUCCGGGCUUUUGAGGGAGCAGAACCAAGCGGAGAUAUAGAUUUCGGAAACUAUCUCUAUAAUGACCACCAUUUCCACUAUUCUUACCACAUCCAAGCUGCAGCUUUAAUCGUCCAACUCGAUAAAGAUCUUGGUAAUUCUAAUACUUGGUUCCGGGGGAACCGUGAAUGGGUGAACAGCCUGCUCCGAGACUACGCCAAUCCGUCCAAAGAAGACCGAUAUUUCCCUGUAUUUCGUAACUUUGAUUGGUACCAUGGUCAUUCGUGGGCAAGGGGACUCUUGAGCUGUGGGGAUUCGAAAGACGAGGAGUCCUCUUCCGAGGAUUUGAAUUCAUUAUACGCACAGAAGCUCUGGGGAAUUGCCAUCGACGAUCGGUCGAUGAUCGCCCGUGCUAAUUUGAUGCUCGGAAUUCUCAAGGUAUCCACCAAUGAGUACAUGCUUAUGUCGAAGGGAAAUCAGAAUCAUCCGAAGGAGUUCGUGGGCAACCUAGUGACUGGUAUUCUGGCUGAAAGUAAGGCCGACCACAAAACUUACUUUGGAUCGUAUAAGGAAUAUAUCCAAGGCAUCCAUAUGAUUCCAGUGACUGCUAUGUCACCAUAUAUCCGCUCUGCCGAGUUUUGCGAACUUGAGUACCAGACCUAUUUCUCCAAGGGUCUACACUACGGUAAAUCAGGAGCGGACAAAGUCUGGGCCGGAAUAAUUGAAGCCAAUCGGGCGAUAUUUGACCCUAAACGUUCCUGGGAGUUUUUCAACAGCCGGGUCUUUGAUGACACUAUGAUCGAUGGCGGGACAAGUAGGACCUGGUUCAUGAUCCUAUCGGCUGGUAUGGGAGGAUUAAACAUAAACGAGACCUGCCACAUUAAAUGA